AUGGCAUGGCAUAAUGGCAUAAUAAUUUUAUUUUUUGCAAGGACAUGUGCGCUCUGAACACGUUUAUUUAAAGGACAAUGGUAGAACAAGUUCCAAAACAAGAACUUGACAGCAUCAUACUGAAGCAGCAAAGAUGCAGGACAAGUCAAGUUGUUCCACCUAGUCCGCUACUCUCUCAUCUCAACAUAGGAUCGAAAGGAAGGUACUUCCAUCUGCUCUUCCGGUUUAUGUUAUUGAUUUGAUAUUGAAAUGAUUUUAAUCUAAUCUGCACUUGAGGCAUAUGUAAUGUAUGUAAUAUAUGUAUGUUUAAUUUGGCUGUGGCUGGGGUUGUCUAUCUCACUCUUACAAAGUUGUAAACUUGAUGAGUGAACAAGAAGAAGAGGGAAUGGGUAGUUAUGCGAAGAACAAAUCGAAUCCAAAGCUAACACUGUUGCCUCUGAUAGCUCUGAUAUUCUACGAAGUGUCUGGGGGUCCUUUUGGAGUGGAAGAUUCUGUGAGGGCAGGAGCAGGCCCUCUCUUGUCCUUGCUUGGUUUCUUCAUUUUCCCAGUUAUCUGGAGCAUUCCGGAAGCCCUUCUGACCGCUGAACUAGCCACCAGCUUCCCUGAAAAUGGUGGAUAUGUUAUCUGGAUAUCAUCUGCUUUUAGCCCUUUCUGGGGUUUCCAGGAAGGAUUCUGGAAAUGGCUCAGUGGAGUCAUGGACAAUGCCCUUUACCCGGUUUUGUUCCUCGAUUACUUGAAACAUUCCUUGCCCAUCUUUCACCAAAUGAUUGCUCGAGUCCCUGCUCUUCUAGGGAUCACUCUCUCACUAACUUACUUGAAUUAUCGGGGACUUCACAUUGUUGGCUUUUCCGCUGUUGUGCUCGCCGCCUUCUCUCUUUUACCGUUCCUCAUAAUGGGAAUUCUCUCCAUUCCCAAAAUUAGGCCUAGCCGGUGGCUUCUUGUGGAUUUUAACAAGGUGGACUGGCGAGGUUACUUCAAUAGUAUGUUAUGGAAUUUAAAUUAUUGGGAUAAGGCAAGUACUCUUGCAGGGGAGGUUGAAGAUCCCAGUAAAACGUUCCCGAAAGCUCUUCUUGGCGGACUUGUUUUGGUCAUGUCUUCCUAUUUGAUCCCACUACUAGCCGCAACAGGUGCUUUGGGAUCCUCCCCUAGUGAGUGGACAGAUGGUUAUUUUGCAGAAGUAGGGGUGUUAAUUGGUGGGUUUUGGUUGAAACUCUGGAUUCAGGCGGCUGCUGCCGUGUCUAACCUAGGCUUGUUCGAAGCAGAAAUGUGUAGUGAUUCUUUUCAACUGCUUGGGAUGAGCAAACUCGGAAUGCUUCCAUCUGUAUUUGCUGUAAGGUCUAGGUAUGGAACGCCCACUGUUAGCAUUUUGUUAUCUGCCACUGGAGUUAUCUUCUUGUCAUGGAUGAGCUUUCAGGAAAUCAUGGAGUUUCUCAAUUUCUUAUAUGCUGUAGGAAUGCUUCUCGAGGUUGCAGCUUUUAUAACUUUGAGAGUGAAGAGGCCAGAUCUUCAUAGACCUUACAGAGUUCCACUGCAAACAUUUUGGGUGGGCAUGAUUUGUGUGCCUCCUUCCUUGUUGCUUAUUCUUGUGAUGUGCUUGGCUUCUUGGAGAACGUCCGUGGUGAGUGGGGCGGUGAUUCUGGUGGGGUUUGUAUUGUACCCUGCCUUGCUUCAUGCCAAGAGUAAGAAUUGGAUGCUGUUUGAGGCAGAACCUCCUCCUUCAUCUUUCAAUGGUUGGCAGCAGCAAUUUUCAGAAAACAAGGAGGUUGAGCUUGUGGAAGAAGAACAGUCCUUAAUGCAAGAUAAUUCUAAACCAGACCAACAGGAUCUCGAUUUGACAUGACAAUCUUCAGGUUCACAAUUCAGAUAAGCAGCUUAAACAUUAUGCACUACUUACUGAGGUAGCAGCAAGAAAGGGAUGAGAUUUUGUGUUAUGUUGAAACUAAUUUUUUUAAUACGUGGAAUGGAUUAAAUUUUUUUUAAUAAAUAGAGGUUGGAUUGCAGCAUAGCUUUCGUGCCUCGCAUGACCGCA